CACCCUGGCCAGGAGCUGCGGGAACUGCAGGAGCAGCUGGCCCGACAGCAGGUCCAUGUGGAGCUGGACAUGACCAAGCCAGACCUCACAGCGGCCCUGAGAGAGAUCCGCACACAGUAUGAGGCAGUGGCGUCCAGCAACAUGCAGGAGGCAGAGGAGUGGUACCGGUCCAAGUUUGCAGACCUGACGGACGCUGCUGCCCGCAACACGGAGCUGCUCCGUCAGGCCAAGCACGAGGCCAACGACUACCGGCGCCAGCUGCAGGCCCUGACUUGCGACCUGGAGUCCUUGCGCGGCACGAACGAGUCCCUGGAGAGGCAGAUGCGCGAGCAGGACGAGCGCCAUGCGCGGGAGGCGGCGGGUUACCAGGAGGCGCUGGCCCGGCUGGAAGAGGAGGGGCAGAGUCUCAAGGACGAGAUGGCCCGCCACCUGCAGGAGUACCAGGACCUGCUCAACGUCAAGCUGGCCCUGGACAUCGAGAUCGCCACCUACAGGAAGCUGCUGGAGGGCGAGGAGAACCGCAUCACCAUUCCUGUGCAAACCUUCUCCAACCUGCAGAUCCGAGGGGGCAAAAGCACCAAAGAAGGGGAAGGUCACAAGGUCACAAGACAUCUCAAAAGGCUCUCAAUACAAGUUAUACCAAUACAGGCUCACCAGAUUGUAAAUGGAGCCCCGCCGGCGCUCGGUUAGCUGCCUGCCUCUCAGACAUGGUGCUUUUCUCAGUUUGACAGGGAGUGAGCCUCACCAGGCCCAUUUUCCCAGUCUUCUUGGGCUCCCUCCCCCUAGGCUUCCCCUAAAGUGCCGGACUGUGUUACUUUCCCAGGAACCUCAGUGCCCAGCCCAGGACCUGGAGCAGGGUAAUUGUAGGUUAAACUAGCAGAGCUGGUUAGUGUUAAAGGUAGUAUGUCCUUGGGUGCUCGGGUAAGAUGCUCUGGGUCUUCUAAGCAAAUGCCAGCCUCUAUCUUACCUCUUCCUCAUCACUGGGAGGGCCCCUUGGGUUUCACUGUGCCUGCUGGCCAGGCUCUCUGCUGGAUUCGUCUGUCCCUGAGUCUCCGUUGCUCAGCUCAGUGCUGAUUCAGCCCAGAGGAUUAUUUCCCUCUGGACUGCUGCUCUUGUAGUGAGUAAAAGUUUUAUGUUCCCUGCUCUAAAUUUUAAAUAUUAGUGUGACAUGUUAUAUUUUCUCUCUGAGGCAGAGAAAAACUAAAUUACUUUUUACUUGUAUGUGGCCCUCAAAUGAUUCUUAGCUAAGGAAAACAAAUUCCUCUUCUGGGUUAGGAUAUUUAGGAACACUAGAUAUGCACAUCAGAAGGGUUAACCAAGCUGACCAGGUAAAAGUGAUACUGCCAAGUGCUAGACAGUCCAGGGUCACUAGGGUCCAGAUAAGUGGCAGAGAGGUGUAGGAAAGUGGGACAGGAAAGGUACCCACACGUAUUGAGCACUAAUAUGUGCCAGAUGUUUCACAUACAUUAUUCUAGUUAAUUGAUUCCUCACUCCCACCUAGAGAAGUAGACACCAUUACCCCCAUUUUGCAGAUGAGGAAACUGAGGCUGGGAGAGGUCAACUAAC